AAAAUGGCGUCAAACAAGUCUAAUGCAGACGCGUAAAGGGCCACAAACAAGCUAAAUAUCCCUGUUUUAUGCUUCCUUUGCAUCGCAUAACCACUAUAUUUUAUAAGCAUUAAUGGUAAUGCAUGCAAGGAAACAAUCAAGGCUCAAUGAUGGGUAUGCUGACAGAAAAGAUGUCCCCCAUCUGCAUCAGAACAUGCAGUACCAAUCAAAAAGUUAUGGACGAUCAUACGAUAGAUAUGACCAAGAUUCAUCAUCGGAUCGACUACGUAAUGACAGCCCUGACAGCCGUCACAGUCCCCGAUAUUACAACAAGUCUUCAUAUAAUGAUAGGCAUAAGGAGAAGAGAAGUAAAGGACCAUACGAAAAGAAAGGAAAUUCACUUAUGUCUGUUGCCGCGAGUAUCCGUAGCGGGAAUGGCUCCUAUCACCAUAACCGACCUCCACCGAGUAAAUCUAUGUCCAGCAGUUACAGUCGGGAACCCGGUCAAUCUAGCCGUGAACCCAUCAAUGUGUCAAGCCGUGAACCAGUCAGUCAGUCUAGCCGUGAACCAAUCAGUCAGUCUAGCCGCGAACCCAUCAGAUCAGAAUCUAAAGAACCAAAAGAAAAAGAUCACAGAUCUGAGGUACAGAAGACAGCAGUACGAGUAUUUGGUGAUUGGUCUGAACAUAUUAGUUCAUCUGGUAAAGGUUAUUAUUAUAACUGUAAAACAGAAGUAUCCCAGUGGGAAAAACCAAAAGAAUGGAUUGAUAGUCCAAAAACUCCAGAUAGCUCGAGAUCAAAAGAUGGAAGAAGUUCAAGUAAACAAUAUUACUCAACAAGAUCUAGUGACGAUAGAUCUAAACAUUCCAGUUCUGUGGAUAGAUACGAUAAAACUCGAACCAGUGGAAACUCAGACUCGUAUAAAUCUGAUAAUUAUGUGGACCGCCAUAAAGAUGAAAGUAGUAGUAGUAGUAGUAAUAUAGUGUCCUCUCACGGAAGCAAUGUUUAUCAGCGGAAUAACUCUUCUUCAGAAACAUACUAUAAAGAACGGGAUAGUUAUUUAGACGUUCGGAAAAACAGUACAUAUCCAUAUUCUAUGGUCGAUCCGUCUCGGAUACGACAGAGACACGAUAGUAGUGAUAGCAGAUCAACACCAUUAAGUCAAGGACAUAAAAAUAAUCAUCAUUCUUCACAUGAAGACAUGAUGGAAAUCUCUCCAGGUAGUACUCCAACUGCUUCACGACAUACAAGUACUUCUAAUUAUCCCCCACACUCUACCACGGGGGGAUCACACUCUUCCCGUCUCACACCCAUUCUGGUGUCCAACACUUCUCCUGUAAAUGUUAAUAAUUUAAUACCUCAUGCCCAUACCACCAGUAAUAAUAUUGACCCGGAAGAUAUCAAACAAAAAGCUUUACAAACACUUCAAAAAUUACAAGCUGCAUUAAAUAUGCAGAUAGAACGGGCACAAAAUUUGACACAAAAUUCUCAUGAACCCCCUACUGAAGAACCGUUGAGAAGUCCAGCAAUCCCACUUGGCAUUGAAGUUCCCACUUACCACACGCAAUUACCCAAAUUAACCAGUAAUACGCCAGCUGUCGUCACACAGAUAAACCAUACGGAAUUAGAUAAUGGUGGCGGGGGACGUGAUAGUCCUCUCUCGGAGAUGAGCUCCAGAGACUCCUGUCACAGUCCUGCACUCAGUACUACAAGUUCCCAGAAUGCACCUAUUAGUACGAGUGCAUUGUCAGGAGCUGGUUUCAGUAAGAAGGACCAAUCUGCCGAGUUAGAAUCCACGUUUAGUAAUUAUUAUAAUGAAAAACUUAUAGGUCAUGUGAUGGGCUGGCAGGCAGAUCUAGCAGAACGAGAGGCCAAAAGAUACUGGGAAGAAGCAUUAACCGUUGGUAGCCUUCAUUGUAGUCAAGUGUCUGUAGAACUAACGAAAGCUCGAUCGUUGGUACGUGUCGCAGAAAUAGAAUCAACAUUACAUGAACAAAGGAUUCUGUUUCUGGAUAAACAGAUAGCAGAGAUUGAGAACCUGAAGCCCCCUUCGUCUAUAUUGUCAUCUUGACAGGAUAAAUACACAAAUUACACUUUUAUUUUCUUAUUUAUCAUUCUUACUUAACUUCUAUCUUUUCUCUUCAUCUUUCUUUUUUUUUAGUCCGAGCUCUCCAUGCUCAAAAAUCAUGCUUCAUUUUAAAUAAACAAAAAAUUUGAAACCCAAAAUACCAAAGAUCACAAUGAGACUGGAGUCUUUGCGAUAUUUUAAAUUUCAAAUUAUUUAUUUAUUUAUUUAUUUUUUAUUCAUUAUCUCAUUUAAUUGGUUGCUUUAACUCGUUUUAACAAUAUUCAUAUCAUUAUAUAUCUUUGGAGGUAUUAUUUAUGACUCGGAACAAAGAUUAAUCUUCCAGUUUGUGCUUGAUAAAUCUUUUGAGAAUAAUUUUGCUUGUUGCUCAUGAAACAAUAUUAAAAAUGAGAUUUCUUUGUCAAAAACUGAAUUGUGUUUCGAUUAAAAUAAACACAUUUUUUUCUUGUAUGAAAAAUGCUUAAAGCUACAUUAUGAGAGAUUUAGGUAAAGAGCUAACCAUUCUUGCUAUAAUAGUUUGAAAAUAGAUAAUGUAAAAUGAAUAAUUUGAAAAUUUCAUUCAACUUACUCUAUUGCGAGUGAAGAUAUUAGCCUUUGAAGGUUUGACAAGACGUGUUUAUUAAUUGCAACCACCGUACUGGUUGUUCAAAAAAGCUAAGUUUCGCUCCUCCAUUUUUAAAUUAAAUCAAAAUAUGGCUGAACCGUUUUAAUCUACUUAAUAUCGGAGCUAUCCGAUGGCAUCGAGAAUUGAUUAUGAUGUUGUCAUGUUAAUAAGUGUCUAAUUAAUAAUUUAGAUAACAUUCAGACCUUAAAGGGACAAUAACACUCUUGCUGGCUUGAAAGCUCCAGAAAAUAAAUAAUAUCUCUAUCUAAGUACUAGAUGUUUAAGUGUCCUACCUGUUGUGUAAAUUAUCCAUUACAUCCUAUUUUACUUGUCCAGCGGGUCGAGAAUAUUUUUAAAUCAAAGUUUCAUUUGAAAAGGUUUACGUUAGACGUUUCAAACCAUUAUGUUGAAUUUUUCAAAAUUUUUAAAUAAGGUGUGUUAAGAUGAAAUUUGUAUUACCGGUAUCAAUUAAUUGAAAUAUUCUAAAAUAGUACAAUUUGUUGACCAGAAUAAAGAUUGGGACAUAUUCAGUUACAACAAGAGUGGUAAUGAGCCUUUAAGAAAGACCUGCAAUAGGCAGAUUUAGCUCUUGCAUAAUGUAUGUUUAACUGGAAGAUUUAAAAACACAACAAAAACAAUCACUGGUUUGUACACAAAUAGCAGAACGUUUCAACAAGUAUUCUCUCUAAUCAAUCAUUAUCAAGCACAAAUGAUUUUAAUCUCUGUAACAUUUUAUAGAUGAAUCUGUAGGAUUUGAUUUCAUCUCAUUAAAUAGUUCAUUGAACGACAUCCAAGGCUGAUUUGAUGAUGACUUUUGAUCAUAAUGGGAGAGAAGACAAGAAGAGGUUUCUAGUAGCUCUUGAAUUGGGAUUUAAUUUUUUAAGAAAAGCCGAAAGACUUCAAUUGUAUGGCAUAUUAAUUUAACCCUGCGAUCUUGGAUCUGCUUAAGUCUAAGGUUCAUUUCAAAGUUUAUUUAUUUCUUGUGAAAUCAUGUUAUAGACCUACCCUGUUCAAUAAGUAUUUCUCUCUGAAUUUUGAAACAUACUUGAAAUAAACCAGACCCAGAAAUACUUGAAAUAAACCAGACUCAGAAAUACUUGAAAUAAACCAGGCUCAGAAAUACUUGAAAUAAACCAGACUCGGAAAUACUUGAAAUAAACCAGACUCAGAAAUACUUGAAAUAAACCAGACUCGGAAAUACUUGAAAUAAACCAGACUCAGAAAUACUUGAAAUAAACCAGACUCGGAAAUACUUGAAAUAAACCAGACUCGGAAAUACUUGAAAUAAACCAGACUCGGAAAUACUUGAAAUAAACCAGACUCGGAAAUACUGGAAAUAAACCAGACUCGGAAAUACUUGAAAUAAACCAGGCCCGGAAAUACUUGAAAUAAACCAGGCCCGGAAAUACUUGAAAUAAACCAGACCCAGAAAAACUUGAAAUAAACCGGGCCCAGAAAUACUUGAAGUAAACCAGACUCAGAAAUACUUGAAAUAAACCAGACUCAGAAAUACUUGAAUUAAACCAGACCCAGAAAUACUUGAAAUAAACCGGGCCCAGAAGUACUUGAAUUAAACCAGGCCCAGAAAUACUUGAAAUCAACCAGGCCACUGACUUUUAUCUAAUUUUCAGAAUAGAGACCAAAAUUUAUUGAGCAGGAAAAUAAACUAAAACAUUUUAAGGAUGUACCUCGUUCAUUGGCUGAAUUUUCAAAUCCUAAUAAAAAUAUUAGCACUCAGCCAAUCAGAUGACCUGAUCCUUAAAAUAUUUUGUUUACAAGGGUCUUAUGAAUAACAGCCCAGCAUGUUAAAUAAGUCAUCUCGAAUCCGGCCUAUCAACAUCUUUAUAUGUUUGUUUUCUAGGCUGACUGUGAUAAAUAAUGCUAAAUGUACCUGUAUUUGAAUGUAUAUAUGUAUAUAUACAAUACAUAUAUAUUUAUAUAAAUACCACUUGUAUACAUCCUGUACAGUCCCCCUUGUCUAGUGCUAUAUAAAACAUUUAUGAUAAUUAUAAAAUCAUCGGGGAACAUCCAUGAUGUAAAAACAUUAAAUUGCGUUUUAGAUUUAAUGGUACAACUUGUUGUAUCGGCAAUAAAUAGGUAAUGGAACUAGAACAAUUUUUGUGAAUAUUCCAUGCAAAUAAAUCGUGGUGAUUGAUGUUUUCACACAAAUAUGGCCAACAUUUACUUAUAGUCAAAAACUCUGAAGUUUGUAUUGGCCAGCUUUCCAAAUUUUGUGUUGGUACAUUACUGGCCCGUUAUCUUUUAGUGGGUAAAUGUAUUUGUGUCUAGUCAUGGCUAUUCAACGAUGAUUGCAAAGAUAAGCAAGGGGUCAAAACUUGCCAGAAUUUUCUUUGUAAAGAUAAUAAAAUAUGAAGAUUUGUUGUAUAACAAUCAGUAAAUUACGGCCAUCAGAGUUGACCAAUUGUAAGGACCUUGUAUUGCUCUUUCAGCUACAGUCGUACUUGUAGAUCUAUUAAAAAUACAGUUUUGAACAUUAAGAAAUCUAUUCUCGAUUAUUACAGAAUUUCAGAUAUUUUGAAUCUUGUGAUCGUCAGUUGAGAAAUUUUGAAUAUUUUCCGAAAUACAAUAAAUGUACAAGUUGAAUCUCUAAUUAGGAAUGUCAGUCUAAAAAUGGUUCAGUCUUGUUCAGUAUUUACAAUGAUAUGAUGCAUUGAAAAUUUCUCAGUGUUUGGCAUCAUUUAAAGAUGAAUUUUUACAGAAAUACCCGACAUACUCUUGGAGAUAAGCUUCUGUUUCAUGUACUGGUUAACUUUCUGUCAAAUUGUCAAAAAAAAUGUGCAGUCUGAAUUGGCGACAUUAAUUCCAAAAUUUUCAUAUUUGUAAUCGUGAAGAAUUGAAUUUGAGAAAUUCUGGGCCCUUAUUCACGAAAACUUUAACUAAGAUACAAUCGAAAUUUUAAGAAAUACUGCAAUUCGAUUGGCUGACCAGUAAAAUCAAUUUGCAUAUAUCCAAUGAAGUUGCAGUAUUUCUUAAUAUUUCGGUUGUAACUUAGUUUAAGUUUUCGUGAAUAAGGCCCAGAUUUUCAAAGUGCGACUCUAGCAAGAAGUAAUUAUGUGCUUUCGGUUCCAAUUGUGUUUAGUUUUUAAAAUUUACAUCUAAAAUUGUAAAAUGUCUAUUAAUGAAAUGAAAAAUACGUUUAUUUGUGAUGAUCCAUGGCUGAUACAAUGUUUGCAAAUAAAACUUCUUAAUUCAAGCAAGUUUUUUUGUAAAAUUUACCUUAGAUGAAGUAGUCAAGUAGAUUUCUAUAGCAACUAACCCACCUUUCUCUCUUUUCAUCUCUAAUAUAUAUAUAUAUAUAUAUAUAUAUAUAAAUCAUCCUAUUCUUUGGUUUCAUAUUUAUUUGUGUUUAUACUUCAUCAAUUUUUCAUCAAGAUUAUAAAAUAUUUCAUUUUAAGCGCCCGGGGUGUGAACGAUUGAUUGUAUGUUAAGGUAUGGGAUAUGCAUGUUAUAUUGUAUAUUAUAAGAAUGAAGUGUUUUAUAUGAGUAUACGGAAAUAAACGAUAGAUACGUUUGACAAAGACACACUUGAAGAUAAGUAUGUCACUGAAAUAACUUAAAAAUAAAAGAAAAAAAGUAAGUUUUUUAGACUUUAAAAAUAAAAAAAAUAAAAAAUUCUCUUAACGAAUGUUUUUGUUGCUGAUUGACCCUUGACCCUUACAGUGGUCUUUUGGGGGUGUCCCAUUGUCAAACCAAAACGUUCUGAAUUUAUGGAAUUCCAGUCGAAUGACAUGAAAUGGAGUUCUGUCCAGAAAUCAAAUUUGAUGAGACCAUAAGGUGACAUUAUCGGGUAAAUCAACAGUAUUACUUCCUGCGGAACAGAUUUUUCUUGGUUUUUGUUACCAGAGAAAUCGUCAAUAGCAAGUAAUAUGUAAGUUUAUUUAGUGACAUACUCUUCAACAAGAUACAGAUACAAAAUAUAUUUAAAACGUAUAUUAUACAAACGAUAGUUUAAUAAUUUAACUCUUUUAUUUUGUAAAUCUGAUCCUGUUUUAUUCAUUUCCAUAGGCGUACGAGCUGGGGGGGCAGCUGCCCCCCCCCCCCAUUUUGGGCACCAAAUGCUGGGAAAAAUUUGGGCACACAAUUGUACUUUGUAAAAGUUGUAUAAAAAAAUAUUGUGUUCUUGAAUGUGUCCAAUUUAACAGCGAAUUUAUUAUUAUUAUGUAACAUACUAAGAACCUAACUACAUUUUUUGGGCACCAACCACCACCGCCCCCCCAGACAAAAAUUUCCCCAUACGCCUAUGUUCAUUUCUAUCAGAAUCAAUUCAUUAUAGCCAUUUAAUAAAUAAGAAUGGAAUAGGGCUUAAUGUCUGGUCAUCGCAAUACCUUGGACUAAAUGGGGUUUAUCGUCCUAUUUUUCUACUCCGAUUCGCCUUAUGAAGACGGAUGCACACCAUACAGUGCACUAUGAGGGAAUUUUGCACGGACAAUGGUACUACAUCCUACUCUUAUUGUGAAUUCCAACUCUCAAGGUUUCUUUUACAAUCACGCCAAUGUCUACACUAGAUUUUGUUUUUUCGUCCCAUUCAAAGACUAGAUGCUGGUCCUUGCAGCCAGGCCCCUCCGUCCUGCACAACUGACAAGGGGAAACUACUCUAGAAAAUGCUGGAUAACUUUCUCUGCCAACACCUGGAUUAAAUCACCCAAACCUCCUGGUUAAACAGGCAGCACCUUACUCACUGAGCCACUGUGGUUAAACAAUACUUUUAUCAAUUUGAGACAAAAAUAUGUGAUUUUUGUUUUGGGGGAGGGGGGUAAAAUAUUCACUUGACCAGAUAUUAUACCUUAUUCCAUUUCAGAAACUUAUUAUGAAGUGCUUGUUGUGUUAAUUGGACAUAGAAAAACAACAAAAAAAAACAAACCCAUCCCAGAUUUAUAUAAAUAAUCCUUUAUUUCAUUUUUAUCAUUGGCAAAUAAAAUUUUAAAUACAGAUUAAUUAGAAUACAAUUAUUUAAGGUAGCAGUAAGAUAUUUUAUGAACAUUUUAAAAAGUUUUACUACAAAUGACUCUAUACCACUUUGUGGUAUAUCAGAGUUUAAGUUAUGAUUAUUGUGUUUCUAAAAAUAAAACAUCAAAAAAAAGAAUUAUGUAUAUCUAAGGGACUGUAACAAAAUUUUACCCCUUGCGUCCAAAUGAAUAACCCAAGGAACUGGUUGUUUUGUUUUAACGACACCACAGAUAGAAAAUAAUAGAUUAAAUUUAUGUUUUCAUGAAUUUUUAUCAAAAUCCAUAUGUGUAAACAUUUUCUUACUCUUUCAGUACAGCUGGGUUAUUUUUUUUGAUACAAGCGUAGAAAUUUUGAAAUUGUCCCUAAAUCUGAAAUAAAUGUAUACCAAAGGAUUAAAUUUAUUGUAUAGCUUUGAUAAGAUUGAUUGAAAUGUUAUAUGAAGAUGUAUACUUUAGACAGUACGCCUACUUUCGCUUUCCAUGUACCUGUUUCUGCCGGCGAAAGUCAGUGUAGUGCAAAUUGCACACAGAAACUCUGGCAGAAACAUGUACAUGGAAAAAGGCUUAGUCAGAAAGUGUAAUAUAUUUAUGUAUGAUUCAUCAUUCAAUGUCUUCAACAGCUGGUUUUACAAAUGGCAGAUUCACUUUUGGUUGAUGAUUGCAAAAUUGGUCGAUCUUGAUUAUAAAUACAGUUUUUGACGAAUUCAGAUUGUCUCAUUUGAAGUUGCUGAACACAAGUCAAAUUAUGAUUUGUAAUCCAUGUGGUAGAAACAGGAAUUAUCCAUUUGGAUUUAGGCAUAAGCUAACCAAGCUACAACUUUGGGCCCCAGAGUCAGCAGGGGCUUUAAAAAAAAAAAUUCAAAUUUUUUAUUUUAUAAAAAAAAAGUUUGCUUUUAAAGGUUCUGUUUUGUGAGACCCUUUGGUGUAACUUUUUAACAAACAGCCUCUGAUCUUUACAUGGCUUCAGACUGAUGAUCUAUCACUAACAGCAUUUGAGGUCAUUGGUCACUUUCACAACUUAACAGAAAUUUUUCAUCUUACUCAUUGUCAUUUCCUUAAAUGGUUCAUAACUCAUCACAUUGCUAUAGGGAUUUUGAUCAGCCAAUUUUGUCAAGUGAUUCUUAAAAUUGCGAUUCAAAAUUUUGUUACUAAAACGCUGUAUGUCGUGCAUGAUUGUGUUUAUGUAUAUAAGAGUAUGUGAUGAUUUAUUGUAAAUUGUAAAUAUUACUGUAUACUAGUUCCAAAUGCAUUUGUAAGCUUCAAAUCGCUGACAUUUUUAUAGGUGGCACAACCAGUAAGGGCAAUUCAACACACGCAUGUAACACUGUAAUAGCUCUGAUAACCAUGAUUGUUAUGGGGUCAUUGCAAGCUCAGAUUGUACUGACUGAUUCAAACUAGUCCCAUUUGCUAUUAUUUCCCUACCUUUCCUUCUCCCACAAUUGGAGCUGCCUUAAACAUGCAGAUUUUUGCUAAAUGUGUUUUGAGCCUCAUUUGCAUAAAAUUAUAGAAGUUUUGACAUUUGAUUGAAUUACCCUUAUCAAAGUUGUAUGUAACAAAUUGAAUAUGGUGCUUUGUUGAGAGUGCCAGUAACAAGGGUGGGAUAUGGGGGAAUGAAUCGGCAGAUGUUAUGCACUAAGUUUUUCUUAUCCAAAUAUCUUUUCUUAUUUAGGCUAUUGGAAUGGGUACCGGUAGUAGUGGCUUUUGUAUGGAGAUCAUAUAAUUAUUGUUUUCUAUAGUUUUCCUAACAAAUGAAAUUAAAUCUAAACAGAUUGAAGGACUUUAUUUGCUUAAAGUUUUUAUAUGAUGGUUAAAUUUGUUGUUACCAUUGAUCGAAAUUUAAAAUGCAUGUUUUUUUAGUCAUGGCACGGGUUAAUUGGAACCAUGCACACACAUAUAAACAUGCACACGAAAACAUGUAAGCUUACAAAUGCAUUUCUUAUUUGGAGAAAAUGGUGAGUAAAGGUGUAGCUAGCUGGUUGUUCUCUGUAAAUGUUAGCCAAUGGUUUUCAAUAAAAAAAAUAACCAACAUAA